CGCGCCCCGCGCCGUCUUUGUGCUCGCCGGCAGCCCCGCCGCCUCCCGCCGCCUCCCUCAGCCCCGCGCGGCGCGGCGGGCGGCUCCGCACCGCUCAGCUCGGCUCCGCACCGCUCCGCAGCGCCCCGCGCCACCCCACCCGCACCGCCCCGCGCUAUGUGUGCCGGCGCUCCCGUGCCUCCUCGCGGCCGCUUCCCACCCGGCGGGGCGCUCUCGGCCCCGCUCUGAGAGCGCGGCGGGGCAGGGCAGGGAAGGGAGCGAGCGGAGCGGAGCCGACCCCGGACGUGCCGCCCGGCGCGGCGCGGAACGAAGGGAAGGGAGCGCGGCGCCAUGCGGGGCCCGGGGCUGGGGCUGAGGCUGGGGCUGCUGCUGGGCGCGGCGUGGCUGGCGUGCGGGCAGAACGAGACGGAGCCCAUCGUGCUGGAGGGGAAGUGCCUCGUGGUGUGCGACUCCAACCCCACCUCCGACCCCACCGGCACGGCGCUCGGCAUCUCCGUGCGCUCCGGCAGCGCCAAGGUCGCCUUCUCUGCCAUCCGCAGCACCAACCACGAGCCCUCCGAGAUGAGCAACCGCACCAUGAUCAUCUACUUCGACCAGGUACUAGUGAAUAUCGGCAGCAACUUCGACUCGGAGCGGAGCACUUUUAUCUCGCCCAGGAAAGGGAUUUACAGUUUUAAUUUUCACGUGGUGAAAGUGUACAACAGGCAAACCAUCCAGGUGAGUUUGAUGCUAAAUGGGUGGCCAGUGAUUUCUGCCUUUGCAGGGGACCAAGAUGUGACCCGAGAAGCUGCUAGCAAUGGAGUCCUGAUACAGAUGGAGAAAGGAGACAGAGCUUAUCUAAAACUGGAGAGAGGAAACUUGAUGGGAGGCUGGAAGUAUUCAACAUUCUCUGGAUUUCUAGUGUUCCCACUUUAAAUCACUUCUUAUCCAAGAAAAGGGAGAGAUCUCUUAGGAAUUCCCAAGUCGUAGCUGGGUUUAAAGAGUUGUGGACAGCAGACUUUUUACAUUCAAAUAUUAAAGAAGCUAAAUCCUGCUUAGGUUUGUGUACAUCUGCUAUGAAGAAUUACUACUUUUUUGUUGUGUUGCAGCCAACAGGUGGGAAACACUAUAAUUGAUCAAGCCCCCAUUUAUAUUCUUCUCUUUCCUUCUACAAAAUUAGUUCUCAUCUCUGUGUCACUGGUGUAAUCUGCCAUCGUUCCCCCAUGGUUUUUGCCUCACACAAGUAGACUUUAGAUAUUUUCAUUGUCCUUUACAGCAUAUUUUGUAGUUUUGUUUUUAAAACAUGUUAAUCUUGACUCUUUCUCUGAGUUUAACUUUUAAAAAAAAAAAAGCAAAGUAUUUUUGAAUACAUGGAUGCCAUGAUGGAAGGAAAAAUGCAAUUCUUGCUGUGUACUGGCUGGCAAAAGGAAAAAUUUCUACAUGAAGAACUAUUCACAGCCAAGGCUGACUAGAGUAUUUCAAUAUUUCUAUGUAAUUCUGAGUGAUUGUGAAAUUUAAGGCUGCUAAAUGUUUUGAUGCUUGUUUUGCUCUUGUACAAUGUGGCCCAACUAAACGCCAGGAAGUAUAUUGAACUUUUACUAUUACUCUGUAAUAUAUGUGUGAAUAUCGAAAAUUAAUUUUUGCUUUAAUUCAAUAAAGUUUAAAUGGGACUUUUAUUUUUCUUAACCAGAAAUAAGGUUUCUCAAUGCAGGCAGGCGGGGGGAGGAGGCUUGGCG